AAAGUACUAAUUAAACUUUGCUGCCAUCCAUCUCAAACACUUGAUUCAAUCCAUUGAUCCAUUCAAUAUAUUUUGAACCCAAAGCCAUUUUCAAUGGGGAGCUUCUCUAUUGCGCUUAUCACCACCUUCCUCCUCUUUGCUUCUGCCAUGGCCAGCCGCCCUAAUAUGGGACAGCAAUAUUAUUCCGCCACUCCUUCCAACAUCCUUGUUUCCACGUGCAAGGCCUCACGUGACCCAGCAUCAUGCGAAAGCGUGAUAAACCAGUCCGGUCACGUGCCACCGGGAACAACCACAACCGCUCUCCAAGUCAUCUCGUCCCUACUGAAUCUGACUCUCCAGAAUCUCGAAACCGCCGAAUCUCAGCUGAAGAAUAUCCUAACCAAUUCCGGCGCGAAUCUGAACCUCACGAAAGCUGCUAACAGUUCCCUUCAGUCAGUAGUGUACGCGAGGUAUCGCGUCAUGAUGACGGUUCAAAGCGACUUUACCCGCCGUGAAAAGCUGAAGGACGGCCGUGCAUGGAUGGGCGCCGCCCUAUCUUUCAACCUCGGAGUCUUGGCUUCCUUAAAAAAUGUUAACACAACCGAGGUGGCGGCUUUUAUGGAUUUUAGUAAUACCACCCUGGUUCCGACCACCCGCGACGCCCUGAGCAUGCUGGCGAAUUACGAUAUUUACGGCGACGACACUGACUCGUGGGGCCCUAUCUUGACGGAACGCGACGGCUUCUGGGAGCCGGUGAACAGUCAGUGGUCAGGAUUCGUCGGCGGCGUUCCCAAGGGCCUGCCCUAUAAUGCAACGGUGUGCAAGGACGACGGCGGAGAUCAAUGUACGUACAAGACGGUGCAAGAGGCGGUUGAUGCGGCGCCCCGGUUUAACGCCGCCGGAAAGUUUGUCAUUUGGAUCAAAGCCGGAGUUUACAACGAGACGGUCCGGGUGGUUCUGGACCAGCAAAACGUCGUUUUACUCGGAGACGGCAUCGGCAAAACGGUGAUUACCGGCUCUCUGAUGAAUGCGGGUGAACCGGGAAUGAGCACAAUGCAGUCGGCUACCGUUGCGGUGGUCGGGGACGGAUUCAUGGCUCGUGACAUCACAUUCGAAAACACUGCGGUCGGGAAUCCCGCAGUGGCGUUCCGGUCCGAUGCGGACCGGACCGUCAUGGAAUCGUGCGAGUUCCGAGGAAACCAAGACACCCUUUACGCCCGAGCGCUCCGGCAGUACUACAAGUCCUGCCGGAUUCAAGGAAACGUCGACUUCAUAUUCGGCAACGCCGCGGCAUUCUUCCAGGACUGCGAGAUCUUAAUCGCUCCGAGGCCAAGCACGCCGGAGGCGGGGGAGGAUAACGUGAUCACGGCCCACGGGAGGCUGGAGGCGGUGCAGUCGACGGGGUUCGUGUUCCAGAACUGCUCCAUCAACGGGACGGAGAAGUACAUGGAGGUGUACCGGAAGCACAAGAAGGUGCACCAUACCUACCUGGGACGGCCAUGGAGGGAGUACUCGAGGACGGUGUUCAUAGGGUGUAACUAUGGGGACAUGAUUUCCGAAAAAGGGUGGUUUCCGUGGGUUGGAGAGUUUGCAUUGAAAACGUUGUAUUAUGGGGAAUACGGAAACACGGGGACAAACACAUCUGGCCGUGUGGAGUGGAGCAGCACCGUGCCGGAAGACCGUGUCAGCUCAUAUUCCCUUUCUAAUUUCAUUCAAGGCGAUCAGUGGAUCCACUAAUCUACCAUUAGCCAACUAAAUCUCAUAUUCUUAAAGCUUAAUGUAACCAAAAAUGACUUCUAACGAUAACUAUUGCCUACUAUUCCAAAUAAUGCAAUUUUUAGGAUAUAUUUUUAUCUCUAUGUUUCAUUAGUGGGU